AUGCUACUUAGCAUCCGACUAUUGGAUAAUCGCAUACGCCCUAUAUGCGGUUUCUCCAUCAAGUUCCCAGGGGAUGCUACAACGCCCGAGAAUCUGUGGAAAAUGAUGGUUGAGAAACGCUGUUCAUCCACAGAGUUUCCCGCCGGCCGAUUGAAUCCAAAUGGAUUCUACCAGGCCAAGAGCAAAGCAAAUACCUUACCGCUCCGUGGGGGUCACUUCAUUGAAGAAGACCUAAGCCGCUUCGAUGCCGAAUUUUUUUCCAUAUCACCUACUGAGGCUUCUUCAAUGGACCCCAUGCAAAGGUGGCUCCUAGAAACGGCGUAUAGAGCACUUGAGAAUGCUGGAAUCUCAAUGGAAAGCGUAGCGGGAUCUCGAACUGCUGUUUACACCGGUUCAUUCAGCUUGGACUAUCUGUUGCAGUUAGCCCGAGAUCCUGAAUGCCCUCCAACAUAUGCUGCUCUAGGUUUGGGUCUUAGCAUGCUUGCCAAUAGGCUCAGUUGGUUUUUCGACUUGCGAGGUCCGAGUAUAGGGCUUGACUCUGCCUGUUCUAGUACAGGGAUGGCAACAGAUAUAGCCUGUCAAGCCCUGCGCAACGGCUCUUGUGACACGGCUAUGGUGGCAGGCUCCAAUCUUGCCCAUACACCAGAGAUGUACCUUUGGAUGAGCAAUGUCAAUUUCUUAUCUCCGGAUAGUAAAUGUUACUCCUUCGACGAGCGAGGUAAUGGCUAUUCUCGCGGGGAAGGAAUUGGUGUUGUUAUUCUGAAGCGACUUUCUGAUGCUAUUCGUGAUGGAAAUACCAUUAGAGCAGUAAUCCGAUCGACCGGCUCUAAUCAAGACGGUCGAACACCUGGCAUUACACAACCCAGUCAAACUGCGCAGGAGCAAUUGAUCACAGAAACCUAUCAAAAAGCCAAACUAUCCAAGGCGCAUACUAGAUAUUUCGAAGCUCACGGCACGGGCACGCCGAUAGGAGAUCCUCGUGAGGCACAAGCAAUCGGGGCGGCAUUCCGGAAGGAUCGCCCAACGGAAGAUCCGCUAUAUGUGGGUGCGGUUAAAUCCAAUAUUGGCCACCUGGAGGGAGCAAGUGGCCUAGCCGCUAUCAUUAAGACCGUUCUCGUUUUAGAAAAGGGCAUUAUCCCCCCAAAUGCUAACUUCGAAAACAUAAAUCCUAAGAUCGAUGCGGAGCGGCUUAAAUUGAGAUUCCCCAAAGAGAGCCAUCUCUGGCCAACUCCUGGCCUCAGGAGGGCUUCAAUCAACUCGUUUGGCUAUGGAGGAGCCAAUUGGCACCUAGUCAUGGACGACGCUUACAACUAUUUACGGCUUCGAUCGUUGCCAGGAAAACACUGCACUGUCCCAUAUCCUUCACAUAGUCUAGCGAUCACGAAUGGUACUAGCGACGACUCCGAAACUUGCGAACGCCCGAAGCUACUCGUCUGGUCCGCUGCCGAUCAAGACGGAAUAAAUAGACUCACGAAGACAUACGAAGAAUAUUACACUAGAAUUCAUCCUCGCGGAACAAUGCAAAGUGAUUUUAUUCAAAAUUUGGCCUAUACCCUAGAUAGUUGUCGGAGUCACCUUCAGUGGAGGUCUUACGCACUCUUAUCGUCUCCCCGCCAUCUCGAGAAUUUACAUACACGCAUAUCGGUCCCGAUCCAGGUUAAUCCCCAACCACCCCGCAUAGGAUUUAUCUUCACUGGUCAGGGUGCUCAGUGGUAUGCGAUGGGAAGGGAGCUACUGCAAUACACGCAAUUCAGAGCGGAACUAAAGCGAGCUGGAAGAUAUCUUGGAAAUCUCGGUUGUUCUUGGUCGGUAAUAGAGGAGUUACAAAGACCAGAGGAAGAUUCAAAGAUCGAUGCACCUAUACUCAGCCAGACCCUCUGUGCAGUAUUGCAGAUAGCACUGGUCAAUCUCUUAAGGACGUUUGGCGUCCGACCUUCUUCUGUACUAGGUCAUUCCUCCGGCGAGAUCGCAGCCGCAUACGCUGGCGGGUACAUGUCGAUCGAGUCCGCAUGGAGGCUGGCUUACUUCAGAGGCGUCUGUUCAGCAAGUCUAGUCGACAACCUUCAAUACGUGGACCAAGGCGCAAUGAUAUCCGUUGGAUUAUCCGAAGACCGAGCGAAGAAAUUGAUCGCAACUUUCGACCAAGAAGUUAUAUCAUUCGGCCUUUCAAUUGCCUGCAUCAACAGCCCUAACAAUGUCACCAUUUCAGGCGAGGAACACCUUAUCGACAAGAUACAAGUGCAAUUACACCAAGAGGGGACGUUCGCUCGCAAACUCCGGGUACCAUUAGCGUACCACUCGCCACAGAUGUCUAUCAUUACGGCAAUGUUCCAGUCUCUUGUCGGAACAUUAUCUAGACCACAAGACUGUAAGACUACCGUUCCCAUAAUAUCAACUGUCUCAGGAGAACCCGUCUCGGCAAAACAACUCCUAGAUCCAACGUAUUGGUCUCUCAACAUGGUAUCCACCGUCCGAUUUAGUCCAGCUCUACUCAACAUGUGCUCCAAAUCCAGGGCCGAUCUCGUAAAGAAAAUCGACGGGAGUCAUAGAUCCAUCUCUGUGGUAGACUACCUUUUGGAGAUAGGUCCACACGCGGCUCUUCAGGGACCGAUACGAGAUAUUCUUCGCGUUAGCGAGCGAGGGAGUUCUAUCCAAUAUAACUCCGUCUUAAGAAGGGGUCAAUCUUCAUUGAAGACACUACUGCCUGUGCUAGGAGAGUUGCACAGCUUCGGCCAUAAGUUGAACCUGAGGGCUAUUAAUGAACCCACAGGGGAGAUGAAACAAGAUAUUCUCGUGGAUCUACCGGAAUACCCAUUCGAUCACUCGCAAGGCUACUGGUACGAAAGCCGACUAAGUAAGAACUACCGGCUCAGAGAAUACGCGCCGGCUGAGCUGCUCGGAGUACGCUCGAGAGAUUGGAAUUCGGCCGAGGCCCGUUGGCGACACUAUAUUAAGACCAGUGAAAUGCCAUGGGUAUCGGGGCACACAAUUGGCCACUCGAUCUUAUACCCUGGAGCUGGAAUGCUCGUCAUGGCUAUUGAGGCGGCAAAACAGCUCAAUAGCACCGAAAUGGUGAAUGGAUAUACGCUUCGCGAUAUCCAGUUCGAAUCUUCCAUGAACUUGACCGCCGGUGCCGGGCAGUUAGAAGUGCAAACGUCACUUCAUGAAAUCACGCGACCAAACCAAAGCGGGCCUGGGUACGAGUUCACGAUUCGCACGUAUAGUAACGACGACUGGGUUAUCAAUUGCCGAGGUUUACUCUUCGUCGAGAUAUCAAAACCAGACACUGACUGGAUAUCCGAAAGGUCCGCGGAAAGGCGACAAGACAUUGCGAAAUCCUAUACUUCCCUAGUUUCGAAUUGUACUACCCCCGUUGAUUCCCAACAGAUGUACAGCUACCUAGGCCGAUGCGGAUACCAAUACGGUUCGGAGUUCCAGGGCGCUCAGCAUCAGUAUUGCCAUGAAACACAGAAACAGGCGACGGCCAAAGUCUCCCUUUCGAAUAUCCUAGAGGAAAACCAUGUCAUCCACCCGACCUCUCUAGAUGCGAUAUUCCACCUAGCCUUCACAGCUCUAACCGCAGGUGGCUCUAAAGCCAUGGCGACAAGUGUCCCCUCUCGAAUUGACUGCCUUUGGUUAUCGAACCAGGGGUUAAGUUGGCCGGCAAGUAGUACAGUCCAAGCCUGUUCUACGGUCGCACAGAUUACUAAGCGAGGAUUCACCUGCGAAGGGUCCGCUCUGGAUGACACCACAAACGAACUGCGACUAUGGUAUGAAGGUCUAGAGUUGACGAACAUGGGGCCUGUUCCAACGCAGGAACUCUCGCUCCCUAACCCGCAGCAGUUCUGUAUGGGAGUUGAUUGUAAGGCCUCGUUGGAAGCGAUGACUCCGCCUCAGGUCUCUGCAUUGCUAGAUCAACUACACCCAGCGGCGCAAGAUCCGAGCCGGUUUUUCCAUGAUUUAGAUCUUCUCGUAGAGAUGUCAUUGCGAAACCUGAUGGCUUCAAUUGAUCCUACCACCCUCGCGGACCAGCCACAAUGGAAAAUUCAUUACUUGAAUUGGGCCAAGCACCAUCUAUCACAAAACGAACACCAACGUCAUACGAAUGGACACAUUUCUUCCAUGCCAUCUUCCGAAGAACUCUGCGAGCGACUUGAGGGAGCCAACCCUGUCGGAAGACUCUACGUCAGGGUCGCAUUGAAUAUUGUGGAGCUGGUGAAAGGGGAAGCAAACCCCCUUGAGCUCCUAAUGCGAACUGGCCUGCUUAAAGACUAUUACGAAGAACUCACAACAUAUCGGUGCGCGAAACAAGCUAUUAGUUAUAUGGACUUGCUCGCGCACCAAACACCAGGCCUAAAUAUCCUCGAGGUUGGUGGUGGGACCGGCGCCGCAACUCGUAACCUGGUUCGCGGGCUGUGCGCCCAACCAACCACCGACGAUUCAAAGGGGUUCUUGCGCUGCAAUCGGUACGAUUUUACCGACGUCUCGGCUGCAUUUUUAGAGGAUGCGCGCGCUGAGUUCGAGGCUUUCAAAUCUCAAAUGACAUUCGGAACCCUCGACAUUGAACGAAGCCUAGAGGGACAAGGCUUCAAGGAGGGAUCUUACGACGUUGUUAUCGCCCUUGGUGUGAUACAUAUCACGUCCAACUUCAAGAACACCUUGAAGAAUGUGCGAAAAGCUCUGAAACCCGGCGGUAAGCUGAUUAUACAAGAAUCCUUCAAGGCAUCUGGCUGGACGUUAGGUUUCGUGUUCGGUCUGUUCCCCGGGUGGUGGUUAGGUAUUGACGACAAUCGACCAUUGUCGCCGAGUAUCGAUUUGGACCAAUGGAGCACUCUGUUGAAAGAAUGUGGCUACUCCGGACCCGAUAUUGUCCUCCGCGAUUUCGAACAAGAAGUGGCUCAUAAUUAUGGUUGGUUGGUAACAACCGCCAUUGACCCAAGCGCACAUACGAAUGGAAUCUUGAAGAAUGGAAUCCCCGCGCAGAUUAUUAUCGAUGAAACCUGCACGCAGCAGCAUGAAAUUGCCGGAACGCUAUUAUCGUCCCUAACGCCGAUACUCGGAUUAUCUCCGAAACUUCUGAGUGUACAAGAGCUCGCAGCCAGUGGUGAAGGACCGACCGAGGAAUUCACCAUAUUCCUCGCCGACUACGAGGGGCUGUUCCUCUCAUCACUUGAUAAGGGAACAUGGAAAUUCCUGCAAAACCUCGCCCGCAAGUCCCGCCACCUGCUCUGGGUAACUAGUGGGGGAGGCAGCAAUCCCAGUCCCGGCGCUGGCAUGGUGGAUGGUUUGGCUCGAACUCUGAGAUCUGAAUAUUUCGACCGACAUUUGGUCACCCUAGCUCUCGACCCGAACGAAUCAUUCUCGAAAAGUUGUUACAUCGAACAGAUCGCCCAUCAGAUGAUAUCCAGGAAACUCGGCCAGCCUUACGAGCAGGAGUACAUCGAGAUUGACGGACUCUUGCACACGCGAAGACUUGUUGAAUCGCAUCAUGUCAAGACACUCAUGGAUACGAAGUUAAAUCCAUUUGAAGUCGUCCGUACCCCUUUUGCGACCGCCCCACCAUUUGAAAUAUCCAUGAUAACUGGUAGCGCGGGUGAAGUUCCCCGCUAUGUGCAUUCCCCACCCCUGGAAGGGAAUCUGGAGGGAGAUGCGGUCGACGUCUUGGUUAAAUCAGCACAAUUCUUACCGCAUAGUCAUGGCUCCGCUUUGGGAAAUGACAAAGACUCUAGAUAUACUGGUCCUGAUGCGACGCUCUAUCCCGGCGAUCGCGUUGUUGCUACAUUGGGCGCAUUAAUUAGUUCGCACAUCCGAGCACCAUCAAGCACAUUGAUGAAGAUACCCGACCGAUUAUCGUUCUCUAAUGCCUGUCAUAUUGUCCCGCCGAUGGCCGCCGCCUACCAUUUGAUGGUCGAGAAAGCACAUUUCAAAACCACCGACUCUAUCCUAAUACACGGCGGAGCUAGUCCGAUUGGAUUGGCGGCCCUCCAACUGAUUUCAAGUCAAGGAGUGACUGAUAUAUGGGCGACAGCAUCUUCGCAAAAAGAAUGCACAUGGAUAUCCACGAAAAUUGGGGUUACACAGGAUCGGAUAUUGCCGAAUGCGUGGUUCGGAGAUCAUCCGAUGGGCUCUUUGGAGUUUAGCCGACGGUUUGACAUUAUACUUUCAGUGGACGAGGAUUCGAUGCCGCCUCUACUAUCGGGUUGCCUUAAUUCUCGAGGUAGGUAUAUCAUUCUUCAAAGUGCGUUGGCGCCAGCAAGCCACAAUGCGCGGGCGACUAGAUCGGAGCUAUCCGACGCCUCCAUCUCCAUUAUCGAUGUUGCACAAAUGCAUGCUACUCAGGAAGCUCUACAAUAUGCAGUUAACUUCCCGAAAGUGUCGUCUAUCAGACUUCCCGUGGAUUAUGUCUUCGAUUAUACCUCUUCCGAAUUGGCGAGUGCAUUUAAUAAGCUGCAAGACGCGAGCCACCGGGACUCAAUAGUGAUGAACUUCGCAGAUUCCGAUACGAUAGAUAUCAUUACCGAGACGCGAAUUACCUAUACGUUCGAAAGUGAUGCCACGUACUUGGUAGCAGGUGGCCUAGGAGGUCUCGGACGAACGAUAACACGUUGGCUUGUCGGUCACGGCGCGCGCAAUUUGAUCCUACUUUCGCGGUCCGGACCUCGAACACAAGAAGCGAAAGACUUAAUCGUGGAAUUAGAGGAGAGUGGAGUUCAUAUUAAAGCACCCCGAUGCGACGUCAGCGACCAAAAUGCUGUGAAAUCCGUCUUGGCCAAUUGCUCCGGAAUGCCUCCAAUAAGAGGGUGCGUCCAAGUAUCCAUGGUUUUGACGGAGAGCAUUUUCGAGAAGUUAUCAUUCCCAGAUUGGAAGUCUGCUGUUGACCCUAAAAUCAAGGGAUCGUGGAACCUCCAUACGGAACUUCCGAAGGGUCUUGACUUCUUCAUUCUCGUGUCUUCUAUUAUGGGCGUAAUGGGAACUCCAUCGCUCGCCGGAUACAAUGCGGGGAACACCUACCAAGAUGCGCUUGCGCGAUAUCGCGUGUCGACCGGGGAGCGAGCUGUCUCUAUCGACCUCGGCGCUGUUGUCGACAGCGGUUAUCUCACCGAACAUCAACAUCAUAGGGAUAGCUUACAGUACAAUCCGAAGCUGACGCCUAUAGUAGUGAAGGAGUUCUGUGCGCUUUUAGACAUAUACUGCGAUCCGAAUCUCAAUCUCCAGGGAGAUCCUUCGACAAGCCAGUGUAUUAUAGGUAUUCGCCCACCGAGUUAUUGGAAGGGCCUCGAAGAUGUACCUCAUACAUUCGCCCAACCUUUCUGGAAGCACAUGCACCACCUACCCUCCCCGGAAGAUUCGGACGGAGGUGAAACCGCAAAGGGGGGCGAAGGGGCUGGAAGUCAGAAGCGCAUAGGAGACACAUUAGAGAAAUUGGCUAGAACACAGUCUCUUGCCGAAGCUGCUGAUGUAAUAAGUGAGGCUGUGGCACAACGGGUAUCAGUUCUACUUGGGACAGCUUGGGAUCGUCUUGACCCACACAAGCCCAUGCAAUCUUAUGGGAUUGAUUCAUUGUCGGCUAUUGACUUUCAAAACUGGGUUGGUAAGGCGUUCGGGGUGGAAAUGCCCGUGUUUGAAAUAUUAGGAGGCGCGACUCUAUCUUCCACGAGUAUGAGUAUCGCGCGUCAACUUCAGAGUAAGCGGUAG